UUCGUUGUUGUAUGAUGUGGUUGUCAGUUAACAUUCGAACUGUCAAAUAUCAAGGUCAAGUUUCAGUCUUGUAAAUCAAUCUAAAUUUAUUUAAGACUGCAAAGAGAUAAAGCAGACUUGUAUUGUGGUGCUCAAGUGAUUAAAAUCAAAAAUAGGAAGUAUAAUUUACAAGCAUGCAGCGGACACUGAGUAGUGUGGUGGGUCCAUCUGGACAAAAGUUCGCCACUUGGUUGCUCACCAAAAAUGCACCUUGCCUAACAAACAGCCCAUCUAGAAGCUACAAUGUUCCUGCUGCCUCUGAACCUUUUUUAAAUGGUAGUUCAGGUCAAUAUGUUGAAGAUAUGUACAAUGCUUGGUUGGUAGAUCCAUCCAGUGUACAUGCGUCUUGGGAUUCGUUUUUUCGAAAUUCUUCACAAGGCGGUGUCGGUUACCAAGCGCCACCAUCUUUAGCACCCUUGGGUAAAAAUGAACUACCAGUUUCUUCCCUUUUACCGGCAUUGGCCGGUUCAAGUGCACUUGGAGCAGCACCUGUUAGCGAAAAGGCCAUCGAUGAUCAUUUGGCAGUACAAGCUAUUAUUAGAAGUUAUCAGAUUCGAGGUCAUCACAUAGCAAAGUUGGACCCCCUUGGUAUAAACAGCGCAGAUUUGGACGAUCAGACGCCGCAAGAAUUGGUCUAUAAGAACUACAAUUUUGAUCAUCCCUCAAAGACGUACAGCGAAGAACUGAAAAGACAGGUCCGGCAGUUUAUGGCAAAGGAAACCGACAUGGAUAGAGUAUUCAAAUUACCUUCGACUACCUUUAUUGGUGGCAAAGAAAAGUCGUUACCACUUAGAGAAAUAUUACGUCGAUUGGAAUUGACCUACUGUAGACACAUCGGUGUGGAAUUCAUGUUUAUCAAUAGUUUAGAACAAUGCAAUUGGAUAAGACAGAGGUUGGAAACUCCAGGAGUUACUAAUAUGACCCCAGAAAAUAAACGUCUCAUAUUGGCCAGGUUAACCAGAGCUACAAUGUUUGAAUCAUUCUUGGCGAGAAAAUAUUCAUCAGAAAAACGUUUCGGUCUCGAGGGUUGCGAAAUUUUGAUACCAGCUAUGAAGGCGGUGAUUGAUAAAUCCACUGAUUUAGGUGUGGAAAGUAUUGUGAUGGGUAUGCCGCAUAGAGGUCGUCUUAAUGUACUUGCCAAUGUCUGUCGCAAACCUCUCCAUCAACUUUUCACACAAUUCGCUGGUUUACAAGCCGCCGACGACGGAUCUGGAGAUGUUAAAUAUCAUUUGGGAACCUACAUAGAAAGGUUAAACCGAGUUACGAACAAAAAUAUUCGAUUGGCCGUUGUGGCGAAUCCUUCACAUCUUGAAACAGUUGAUCCUGUUACUCAAGGUAAAACUAGAGCGGAACAGUUUUACAGAGGAGACGGAGAAGGCAAAAAAGUCAUGUCUAUUUUGUUACACGGAGAUGCAGCAUUCUCUGGACAAGGUGUUGUAUUUGAAACUAUGCACUUAUCAGAAUUACCCGAUUAUACCACACACGGUACCAUCCAUAUUGUUGUCAAUAAUCAAAUCGGUUUUACCACUGAUCCACGUUUUUCAAGAUCUUCGCCUUAUUGUACAGACGUUGCACGUGUUGUAAACGCUCCUAUAUUCCACGUGAACGCCGACGAUCCCGAAAGUGUAAUCCACGUUUGUAAUGUGGCCGCGGAAUGGAGAGCUACGUUCCACAAAGACGUUAUCAUCGAUCUUGUAUGUUACCGUCGAAAUGGACACAACGAAAUCGACGAACCCAUGUUUACGCAACCUCUGAUGUAUAGAAAAAUCAAACAGACCAAACCCUGUUUGGAUAAAUACGCCGAACAUCUAACGAACGAAGGAAUAGUAACUGAAGAGGAAGUUAAAGACGUUAAAGCGAAAUACGAAAAAAUUUGCGAAGAAGCAUUCGAUAGGGCGCGUAAGGAAACUCAUAUCAAAUAUAAAGAUUGGAUCGACAGCCCUUGGUCAGGUUUCUUCGAGGGGAAGGAUCCAUUGAAAGUGAAUCCGACUGGAGUUAUCGAAGAAACUUUGGUACAUAUCGGAAAAAGAUUUUCCUCCCCUCCUCCUAAUGCUACUGAAUUUAUAAUACACAAAGGUAUUGAACGUAUUUUGAAAUCUAGAAUGGAAAUGGUAGAAAAUAGAAUAGCCGAUUGGGCCUUAGGAGAAGCAAUGGCUUUUGGUUCAUUACUUAAAGAAGGUAUUCACGUUAGAUUAUCUGGUCAAGAUGUCGAAAGAGGUACUUUCUCACACAGACAUCACGUACUUCAUCAUCAGACAGUCGAUAAAGCUACUUAUCGCCCGUUGUGUAAUCUCUAUCCAGAUCAAGCACCAUAUACAGUUUGCAAUAGUUCUCUCUCUGAAUAUGGCGUACUUGGUUUCGAACUUGGUUAUUCUAUGACUAAUCCGAACGCCCUCGUUAUUUGGGAAGCCCAAUUCGGAGAUUUCUCCAACACGGCUCAAUGUAUCAUCGAUCAAAUGUUAUCCAGCGGUCAGGCUAAAUGGGUCAGACAAACUGGAUUGGUUAUGCUUCUUCCCCACGGUAUGGAAGGUCAAGGUCCGGAACAUUCGAGUGCUCGUCUAGAGCGUUUUCUACAAAUGUCCUCCGACGAUCCGGAUUACUUCCCACCAGAAAGUGACGACUUUGCCGUCCGACAAUUACACGACAUUAACUGGAUCGUCGCAAACUGCACCACACCAGCGAAUCUCUUCCACAUUCUUAGAAGACAAAUAGCAUUACCUUUCAGAAAACCAUUGAUCAUCAUGACUCCUAAGAGUUUGUUACGUCAUCCCGAAGCAAGAAGCUCCUUCGAUGAUAUGGUCGAAGGUACAGAAUUUAAAAGAAUUAUACCCGAUAACGGACCAGCUGCACAAAAUCCUGAAGGUGUUGAAAAGCUUCUUUUCUGCACCGGAAAAGUAUAUUUCGAUGUAUUGAAAGCUAUUAAGGAUCAAGGGUUGGAAAAGAAGAUCGCCAUGACUCGAGUUGAACAGCUUACCCCUUUCCCGUUCGAUUUGUUGAAACAAGAAUGUGCUAAAUAUCCUAACGCGCAAAUUGCGUGGUUGCAAGAAGAGCAUAAGAAUCAAGGUGCUUGGACUUAUGUUCAACCAAGAUUCGAAACAACUUUGGCCGGUCAGAGAACAAUUAGUAGCAGAAACAAGGAAUCGGGUUGGUUUGGUAGAUUUUUUGGAGGCAAUCAACCAAAACCUGAACCACAAGAAUCUGAUCAAAAACCCAAACCGAGGGUAGUAAGCUAUGUUGGUAGACCAUGCGCAGCGAGUACUGCGACUGGAAGCAAAAACCAACAUCUUAAAGAAGUGGCACAACUAUUAGCAGAUGCUACACGACUCUAAAAUAAUUGAAGAUGUUUUCUAUGCAAAUAUUUAUUAGCCUUUAUCACAAAGAGAACAACCUAGACCACUUGAGUAAAUUGCACCAAAGCAAUCGUCUGAUAUUUUAUGAAUUUGAUAUAGGUUGUUAGCAUUUCAACGAUUCCUAGGUUUUUGAUACCUUUUCAUUAUUUAUUUUUUUAUGAUAUAAAUCAAAGGUACCCUGCUAACAAAACAUUGUAUUUAAUGAAUUUUCACUUGAAUCGUUGAAAUGAUUUUUUGAUAAUUAUUUAUUAUUCUUUUCAUUUUAUAAAUAAUUCAAAAAUAUCAGACAAUUCGUUAAUAUUACCUAAUGUAUUUAUUGUAAAUAUUUAUGAUUUAAAAAAUGAUGAAAACAUAAUUUAGAAGUGUCACGAAAUAUUUCAAUUUAUCAUAAAAUACCAAACUUUAUGGGUUGGUUUACAAAUAUCUGUAAAUAAUUCUCAAAAUGUAUAUUUUCCAAAUAUCAAAAUAAUCUUACUGAUUUUAAAAUGGAUGAGUGAUGCCGUCAAAAGACAACGAUAAUGUUUACCCAAGAAAAAUAAUCGAUCUGUUUGAAUUCGAUAAUUUAUAUUCUCCAUUUUAACUUUUUCAUUAAGUCAUUCUUUAUAUUAUUAUCCUUUCUAGUAUGAAAUUUCGAAUGGUAUUGCGGGUUGACUGUUCACGAGUUUUUUAAUGUGCCAACGUUUCUAUCCUUUAUUUAACCUUUGUCAAGGCUACAAAUAUAUAGUAGUCUUGAUAAAGAUCAAAUAAAAGAUUGAAACAUUGCCAUUUAAAAAAAAACUCUUGGACAGUUUUAUUUUUCAUGUUGCAAUUCUGGAUAGUUUGAACUUUCUGUUUUACUUAUAUUUUUUAUUAUUUCUCUUAGCUCCCUCCUAUUCCCUUAAUUAUCUGCUUUAACAAAUGUACGAUAUUAAUAUUUCCGAUUCUUCUCCAUGAAGUAUUAAUGAAAUUUUUUUUAAUAAAUUUUAAAAUUUAUCAUUAACAGAAACUAGUGAAUUUAUCAAAAUGUAAAUAAAAGUCCUUACCUCAUAUUUCAUUUAUUAUUAACCAAAACGUUAAAUAAAAAAAACUAAAGGCUGCAAUGAUGUAAAUUCCAUUAGUAAAAGUAAACAAAUUCCUAAACUCAAAUUUUAUUUAAUAUUUUGUAACUGGUUUGAAAACGAGAAUACCAAAACUCAAAAGUCAAAUGGAAUUGCAACUAGCGCGUAAUAAAAAUGACACCAAUCCGAUAAUAUUGCAAGUGCAAGAUCUUGCAUAACAUUAAACAAUCAGCUGCACUUCAUCUGCGCAUGCUUUUUAUCAAGAAAUAUUGCGCCGUGCAUUGUAUUGCAUCAUGUUAAGUGGCCUUUAGUUUUCUUCUACUUCCUUUAAUUCAUCCUACGAUACCGUCUUAUGUAUUCCUGAUGGAAUUACCUCGUUAGUGACGUCAUCUUUCUUCCUUUUUAUAUAUUCACCCAUAUAUACAAAAUCUGAUUUCGAUUCUGCUUUUCAAGUAUUUUAACAAAUGUUAGCUGUUAAAAUUUUUAGUUAGUUAUAUUUAGUGUAAGUUAUUUAUUGUAUGGACGUAUAUAUAUUGUUCGGAUAUAGCUGAAUGAAAGUUUUGUUCAAAUU